GACUCGCAGCUCAAUGUCAAUAAUUAUUGUGAUUGGGCUGUGCUGUUUCUUCUACGUACUAGGUGCAUGGCAAAGGAGUGGUAUUGGAAGGGGUGAUAGCAUAGCUCUUAUGGUUACAAAAGAAACAGAUUGUACCACACUGCCAAAUUUAAAUUUUGAGACUCAUCAUAGUGGUGGAGUUAGCCUGGAACCUUCUGAAUUAAAAGUGAAAGUGUUUGAACCAUGUGACGUUCAUUACACAGAUUAUAGUCCCUGUCAAGAUCAAAAUCGAGCAAUGAAAUUUCCAAGAGAAAAUAUGGCCUACAGAGAGAGGCACUGCCCGCCUGGGAAUGAGAAAUUACAUUGUCUGAUCCCAGCACCUGAAGGUUAUGUGACUCCUUUCCCCUGGCCAAAGAGCCGUGACUAUGUCCCCUAUGCAAAUGUUCCUUACAAAAGCUUGACGAUUGAGAAAGCUGUUCAGAAUUGGGUUCAACUUGAGGGUGAUGUAUUUAAAUUUCCAGGUGGAGGAACAAUGUUUCCUCAGGGAGCAGAUGCAUAUAUUGAUGAACUUGCAUCUGUUAUUCCAAUUGCGGAUGGAACUGUUAGAACUGCACUUGAUACUGGCUGUGGGGUUGCAAGCUGGGGUGCUUACCUCCUAAAAAGAAAUGUAUUGGCUAUGUCCUUUGCACCAAGGGACUCACAUGAAGCUCAAGUACAGUUUGCUCUAGAGCGAGGUGUUCCUGCAGUAAUUGGGGUGCUUGGAACAAUAAAGCUUCCAUAUCCAUCUAGAGCCUUUGAUAUGGCUCAAUGUUCUCGCUGCUUGAUUCCGUGGACGUCAAAUGAUGGGAUGUACAUGAUGGAAGUAGAUAGAGUCCUCAGACCUGGAGGGUACUGGAUAUUGUCUGGUCCUCCUAUUAAUUGGAAGACUUACUAUAAGACAUGGAAGCGAUCUAGGGAUGAGCUCAAGGAGGAACAGAGUAGAAUUGAGGAGUUGGCUGAAAUGCUUUGCUGGGAAAAGAAGUAUGAAAAAGGAGAUAUUGCUAUUUGGAAGAAGGAAGUAAAUGCAGAUGCAUGCCAUAGGAGAAAAGAUCUUUCUGUUAGGACGUGCAAAACUGCAAAUUCUGAUGAUGUUUGGUACAAGAAGAUGGAAGUAUGCAUAACUCCCUUCCCAGCAGUAAACAAUCAAGAUGAAGUAGCUGGAGGACAGUUAAAAAGGUUUCCAGAUAGACUAUCUGCUGUUCCUCCCAGAAUAGCUGGGGGAUAUGUUCCAGGUGUCACAAAGCAGGCCUACGAGGAGGACAAAACAUUAUGGAAGAAGCAUGUUAAUGCUUAUAAGAAGAUGAAUAAUUUAAUCAGCUCAGGGAGGUAUCGAAACAUAAUGGACAUGAAUGCAGGUUUUGGAAGUUUUGCAGCAGCAAUUGAAUCACCAAAGUCAUGGGUAAUGAAUGUUGUUCCUACCAUCUCAGAGAUAGAUACUUUGGGCAUUAUCUACGAGCGAGGUCUGAUUGGCAUAUAUCAUGACUGGUGUGAAGCCUUCUCUACGUACCCCAGGACAUAUGAUCUGAUACAUGCAAGUGGUCUCUUCAGCUUAUAUAAGAACAAGUGUGAAAUGGAAGAUAUCCUUUUGGAAAUGGACCGCAUCUUACGUCCUGAAGGUUCGGUCAUACUCCGUGAUGAUGUUGAUGUUUUGAACAAGGUGAAGAAAAUGGUGAGCGGCAUGCGGUGGAAGACCAAGAUGCUGGAUCAUGAAGAUGGUCCUCUUGUGCCUGAAAAGAUUUUAAUCACUGUUAAACAGUAUUGGGUUGGCAAUGGAGGUAAUUAUACUUCUUAAGGAGUGAACAACUAGAGCAUCGGUGGAAAGAGAUGCAAAAUUAUCCUCCCACCUUUCGGAACGUGGGGAUAUUGAAAUUUCAUUGCUUGUGGCAUCAUCUGGUUCCAAUGUUGUUAUGUCAACUCUUAACUUAUAUUUUUUGAGAUGGAGGAGUAAAUGCUUCUGAGAGGGCUUCAGGUAGACAAGCUGAGUUCUCUAGACGUCACUUAGAGGAUCAAAAAUAGAGUUCUCCAGUGUACUGUAUCCACGGCAAACUUAGCUUCAAGCUGUAUUGUGAUCAGAUUCACAGCCCCUAAAAGGAAUGUCAUAGGAGUGGCUGAACUGAUUAUUAAGUUAUUUAUCUGUGACCAUGCUUUUGAAUUUAGCAAGUUAUUUGAUCACUUAAUGCGAACUGAGUUGAAUU